AUGUCUUCAACACCUCCGGACCAGAACGCCAUGAUGAAAGAGGUACUGGAUGCUUUAAAAAAUCUCCAAGUCAACCAAGUCCAACUCGCCUCAAAUGUUGAUGCUAUCACUGGGCGUGUCAAUGUCCUUGCUGGAAUGAAAGAAGUCCGCGAUGCCGCUGUCGGUGUAUCCAACACAGCUUCCAGCAAGUCGACUGAGGAAACUCCAAGUACUCCCAAGGCGUCCGAAGCUCUGAUUCACGAUCAAGCUGUACCAACUUCUCCCUCACUUCCUGUAGACCAGAUCAAAGAGAUCGGGUCUAGCACGGAGGUUUCUCAAACCCGAAAGCCAGGUGUGACUUCGAGAAUCAUUUUAACUACAUAUCCUGGACAAUCCGGCAUCGAUCCGUUCCCAAUGGACUGGGGUCAUAAAGAUCCGCAACAAAGAGGUCCAGUCGUAGUAUCAAGAAAUCAAGCCACGAUUCGAAGACGGAAUGCAAUUGGAGCUCAUGGUGGAUCCUAUUCUAUCUACUACGCUUUAGCAGUUGCAAGCAAAGAGAUUGGGGUUGACCACAGACCAGAUUUCACCAACACUGAACCAGCUGCUAAUAUUGGGCCAUUCCCGCAAUGGGCUGACAAAAAGAAGAUUGUAUCAAUGGAUCCACUUGGCCAUUUAGCUCCAUGGUUGUUCAGUGAAACUAUCCAGAAAGAGAAUGUUGAUAUCAGACCCACCAUUGCAAUUACCAGGGCGCAUAUGAAAUUACCAGAAUUAGAACAGAGUGUCAGAGAGGGCCGGCUUGUGCCAGAUGGGAAAGUUUGCCUAAAUGAGUCUGGAGAACUUGCAGUGACUAAAUUUGCGGUUGAGCCUGUUUGGUAUCUCCCUGGUGUCGCAGAGAGAUUUGGCAUCGACGAAGGAUCGCUUCGAAGAUCUCUCUUUGAACAUACUGGGGGUUCUUACCCGGAACUGAUCACACGCGGAGACAUCAAACUCUUCUUGCCGCCAAUAGGUGGUCUAACGGUGUACUGCUUUGGAGAUCCAGCAAAGAUGUCGGAUGAAAAUGUGCGGCUGGCGCUAAGGAUACAUGACGAGUGUAACGGCAGUGACGUGUUCGGAUCUGACAUAUGCACCUGUCGUCCUUACCUCAUCUACGGGAUUGAGGAGGCAGUCAAAGAAGCACAAAAAGGAGGAAGUGGAGUGGUUAUUUACUUCCGCAAAGAAGGUCGAGCGCUCGGCGAGGUGACAAAGUAUCUUGUCUACAAUGCCAGAAAGCGUGGACUGGACCGUGCCUCGGAGUACUUCAAGCGUACAGAAAACAUCGCAGGUGUCAAAGACAUGCGAUUCCAGGCAUUGAUGCCGGAUAUUCUGCACUGGCUCGGUAUCAAGAAAAUCGAUAGGAUGUUGAGCAUGAGCAAUAUGAAGCACGACGCGAUUGUUAGCCAAGGUAUUCCUAUCCACGAGCGUGUUGAGCUUCCCGAGUCCUGGAUACCUGCAGACUCAAGGGUCGAGAUCGAUGCCAAAAUUACCGCAGGUUACUUCACCACUGGACACCGAAUGACUGAGGAAGAGCUUGCCGCUGUGAAGGGUCGAAGCUGGGAAGACAUUGAUCAUUGA